AUGGCAACAACAACGCCAGGAGGCAGCACUGCAGAAGCAAUGGCCUCGCAUCCUACGAUACCUAGUGGCAUCGACGUUGCGCAUAGCCCAACUGAGGGCCCCCACCCCCCGCUAGCCUCAUGUACAGGCAUCACCCCCGCUCACGACACAAGCGCGAGGAGACUCUCGAAUGCGUCGCACGAGGAUUGCGUGGAGGAGGGCGGAGGGGGGGAAAGCGCUAAUGGGGAACGUAAAGGGUCCCCUCGAUUUCCACCGGAAAGCCUUGAACACGAGAACGCAUCCACAGCCCCCUCACUCAAGGCUCAAGACGCACAGACAAGAAGACACAGCUGCAGCAUGGGCAGCUACUUCCUCGACAUUUCGUCCGUUCCCGCGCAUGAUCCGCUACAACGGCUGCUGCAGCAAGCUUGCUGUUUCUGCUUCUUGCUGCUGCUAGGGGAUGCAUCGCCUGCAUGGGCAAAUGCUCCCGUUCCUCCUCCUAUCCGCAUAACAACUGCCACCAGCACGACAACCACCAGCGGCAGCUCCUGGACCGCUAAAGAGUAUCAUUUGGGGAGAAUCGCUGCGGCAGGUGACCCUCUGCUGCAGUUCUACUGCUCAGUGUUUAAAGGCUGGGUGCGACGGCAAUUCAUUGAGAGGAAACUCUCAGUCAGUAACCGUGGAAAGUGCAGCAAACCUGACACGAGCACUACUUCUAGCACGAAGGGAGAGGAGGUGUCAGAUUCCGACAGGCACAAUGAAGGAGCCGCAGCAGCAAAGAGCCAAAACACAUCGGAAACAGAGAAAGAUGCAGAGCAGCAAGACGAAGAGCAACAGCAGGCUUCAUCCACCGACGCUCAUGAGGACUCCCCAUCUAGUCCAAGGAGAUCCACUCCAGCCAAUCGGCUGCAGCAGGUGCUGCAGCGCUUUAUUAGCAUGCAUGCAGCAGCUGCAGCGAAGAAGGCCUACGGCGCCGCAGCAGCAGACGCCUCCCUCAAGGCUUUUCUCAAUCGGUUCGCUCCAAGCGGAGGGGCUACCCCUUUCCAACUAGGCCCCCAAACGAAAAAACCACAGCUGCAUGGAUGCGCUCAAAGUGCUCCGACUCAGGAUCUGCCCCUCUGGAAAAACAUCGUAGCCGAGAUCCAGCAACGAGACGCACUAGAGGAGGAGUGGGGUGCUCCCUGGGCCCUCAGGGGCGCUGCAGCGAAAGAGACUCUCCCCACUAUCACCAGAGAAAUGUCGCUGCUGCUGCAGACUCAUAAGGGCCCCUGUACUCAUACAGGGACGCAGAAAGACGGGGCCCCUCUGGGUGGUUUGCGGGCCCUGGGAGAUGUCUCCGAGCUCGAAGAGAGAGCACUGGCAUUUUCUUCAGGGGUGCCCGCAGCGGCCCCCUGUCUCUUCGCUGCGGUUCUGAGGGUGGCGUGCCCCCGAGCAGCAGCAGCAGCGAACGGGGCCCCCCAGAGCCGAUGCAGCCAGAUAUAUCUGCGUUUCUCAACCCGACGGGAAAGCAGGAGAGACAACGCGCGCGGACCAACCAAACGGAUUAAAGAGGGCGUCUUGCGCGCUCGCACUCGUGCAGGGGCCUUAUAG